UUACAAUCAUGGAGGAAACCAUCAACUUCCGGGUUACCUUGACCUUGAAAGAUGGCAUCCGCACCUAUGCAAGCUGUGCAGCCGAAUUCUGUGAAGGAAAUAUUUAAAACGCUUAGCUAUGGACCUGCACCUGAAGCAGACAACGUAGCUCAGGCCUGGCUGGACGACCAUGAGAGGAGUUUUGGGCACUUCAUAGACGGCAAGUGGGUGAAACCUGAGGGGCGCAAGACGUACCAGACCAAGAACCCAGCAACAGGACAGAAUCUAGCGACCACCUUACAGGGGACAAAUGAUGAUGUUGACAUGGCUGUCAAGUCAGCGCGGCAUGCAUAUGAGUCCUGGAACAAAACCCCGCCACAUGUGCGAGCCAGAUACAUGUACAGUGUUGCCCGCCACAUCCAGAAGCAUCAGCGUCUCGUUGCGGUCAUCGAGGCCAUGGACAACGGAAAGCCAAUUAGGGAGACCAGAGACGCUGACAUUCCGAUUGUGGUCCGACACUGGUACCACCAUGCAGGCUGGGCCCAGCUCAUGGACACAGAAAUGAAGGGCUGGCAACCAGUUGGUGUGGUGGGAGCCAUAGUGCCUUGGAACUUUCCCCUGAUGCUGAUGACAUGGAAGGUGUGUGCAGCCCUCGCCAUGGGCAACACGAUAGUCCUCAAGCCCGCCACCUACACUCGCCUGUCAGCGCUCCUGAUGGCUGAGAUAUGCUCGGAGGCGGGGCUUCCCCCCGGUGUGUUUAAUGUGAUCACAGGCAGCGGUCAGAUGGGAAGUGCUCUGGCUGAACACCCGGACGUGGAUAAGGUCGCAUUCACUGGAUCCACACAGGUUGGACAGACCCUCAGACGUCUGAUUGCGGGAACAGGUAAGAAAUUGUCGCUGGAACUCGGUGGAAAGUCGGCGGUCAUUGUGUUUGAGACAGCUGACCUUGACAGCACGGUGGAAGGACUUGUUGAUGCUAUCUGGUUCAAUCAGGGGCAGGUCUGCUCUGCUGGAUCCCGCCUGCUUGUACAGGAGUCUGUCUAUGGCCGACUGGUUGAGAAACUGAAGACGCGGCUUACCCAUUUCCGUCUGGGUGACAGCCUUGACAAGACCAUCGACAUGGGGGCCAUUGUGGACGAGUCCCAAAGGAAGUCAGUAGAGGAGUUCGUGGAGGACGCCAGAAAAGAAGGGGCAGAGGUGUAUCAAGCGACAGCCUCUUUUCCUGCCCGUGGCUGCUACUAUCCUCCCACCCUCAUCACAAACGUCCAGACUGUAUCCAGGGUAGUCGCCGAAGAGAUAUUCGGCCCAGUCCUGGUGGUCUUGCCAUUCCGUACUGCAAAGGAAGCCAUCACCCUGGCCAACAACUCAAUGUACGGACUGGCAGGCAGCGUGUGGACAGAGAACCUCAGCCUCGCUAUGGAGGUCGCCAUCAGCAUCAAGGCUGGUACAAUUUGGGUGAACUCCCACAACAUGUUUGAUGCGGCUGCUGGUUUUGGAGGCUACAGACAGAGCGGUUAUGGAAGAGAUGGAGGCAAAGAGGGCCUGUAUGAGUAUGUGCGCCCAGCCUGGGAGUCCAGACCCCGCCCUGCCUACCUUGUCAACCUUGACCUCAAGACAUUCGGGGCCACCAUACCACAGCGACCCACCCUCGAUGAUGGCACAUCAAAGGGCAAAAUACCUAAGGUUGACCGCACGUACAAGAUGUACUAUGGCGGGGCUCAGAAGAGGCCGGACGCUGAGUAUGCCCGGCCGGUGAUCAACCCGGAUGGCAAGGUGAUCGGGCAUGUGGGCGAAGGGAACCGGAAGGACCUGAGGAAUGCUGUAGAGGCUGCACAUGCCGCUUCACCAGGAUGGGGCAAGCGUGCGGCGCACAACCGGGCACAGAUCGUCUACUAUAUGGCGGAGAACCUGGAGAUCCGGAGGGAGGAGAUUGCCGGGCGCCUGGCGGACAUGACGGGGCGGUCCCUGGAGGACGGUCUACGGGAGGUGGACCUCUCCAUCAGUCGGCUCUUCCACUGGGGGGCGUACGCUGACAAGUUUGGAGGCACUGUGCAGGAGACUACCCUAUACGGGGCCACACUCAAGAUCCACGAGCCUGUGGGAGUGAUCGGUAUUGCCUGUCCCGAUAGCUACCCCCUGCUCGCCUUCGUGUCCCUGUUUGCCCCCGCGGUUGUCCGUGGCAACACCAUUGUCAUAGUUCCCAGUGAGAAGUAUCCACUUAUGGCUAUGGACUUCUACCAGGUGUUUGACACAUCUGACCUGCCUGAGGGCGUGGUGAAUAUCAUCACUGGGGAUAGAAACCACCUGUCCAAGUUCCUGGCAGAACACCAGGAUGUUCAGGCCAUGUGGUACUUUGGCUGUGCGGAGGGGUCGAAAUACGUCGAGUACAUAUCUGCUGAGAAUGUGAAACGGACCUGGGUGAAUUAUGGGCUCGAUCGCGACUGGGAGGAUGCAGAUCAAGGUCAAGGUGACGAGUUUCUCUACCAGGCUGUGCAGGUGAAGAACAUAUGGGUGCCCAUGGGAGAUGUGUUCGCCAACUAGAUGCCAUUACCACUGAGGUUGUUUAGGGGACAGAGGACAACUUAGCCAAGUUUUUUCUGUGAAAUCUAAGCUUAAUUCAUAUGUGUCAAGUCUCAUCCAUGAUUAGCCUGCGCAGUCAGGACAGGCUAAUCAGGGGUGACACUUUCUGCCUAAACUUUGUUUUUGUUUACAAGAGACUUCCUUUCAAAAAGAAACAUGUCAUUACAGCGGAAAAUGUCCCUAAUUUGCCUGUGUGGUCUUUAUGCACAUGCAUUAAGCCCAGUUUUCCCAGAACAGGACUCAGGCUGAUAAAGUGGAAGACUAGUGUGGACAGGUAACAUGAGGGGAUAUUUGAUUAGAAGGCAUUAUUACUGUCUCUGGAACUCACCAUUUAUUUGUAAUUGUAUGGAGGAUCAGACCUUUGGGAAAGUAAAUUGUUAGGUUAUAUAUACUGUUGUUUUGUAUUUCUUUUUUUGUUUUAAUUUUGUAUCUUUUAAUGCAUAGUUUUUUGUUGAUAAUAUAAAAAAAUUAUGUGGUUUAUACGUUUUCUUCAAUGCUAGUAUUUGCUUGUUUUCUUCUGUGGAAAUGUGUAGUUUUUUUCUUGUUUUUUUUCAUGAUUUUAAAGUAUUAGUUUCGAAGUUGUUACACAUUCCUGUACUCAAAUGUGAGUAGGAUGGAGCAUGAAAAAAAGAUAUUACAGAGACUGCUUGUACAUGUAAAUAACAGUGAUCAUGCUCUCAUUGCUGGCUUUAAAUAUCCGUGUUCUUAUAUUCCUUAUUUUGGUAGGAAUAAAUUUUGCAAAGUCGCUGUGUGAAUACAUAUUCAGCCUGUUUCAUCACAAUUCUAAGUACUAAUGCCAGUACUUAAUGAUUAAUUGAAGUUAGUUUCAGCCAGUUCUGAAGACACAUUAUAUAAAUUGCUAGUAAUAUUUGCCGUUUUGUAUCUGUUCUUUUUGUACGUUGUACGCUUGUUAACCUUAAAUUGCUCAUGUUUUAAACCAACUUUCCUCUUAGGUCUUUUAUCAUUACCAAUCAAUCUCAAGUUAUCAUCUAGUGAUAUGCAAAAGGUUAAAUAAAGCCAGAAUUAAUUGGCAAAGAAAGUAGAGUCUGUAAACAUGUAAUGUAAGCAACGUUUUUAAAGAACUGGAACAGUUUAUAGAAAAUAAAUGUUGCUUUUAUGUUUGCCAAGAAUUUCAUAUAUGAUAAAUGUUUUGAUGAAGAUAAGGUUACAGUAGUAGUAUUUAUGUGUUUGUUAACAAAAUUAAGAGGUGUAAAGUUUAUGAAUGUGAUAGCAUUGUACAGGUACUUGUUAGUAGUAAGUUGUUACCAUGGAAAUUUAUCCAGAAUAUCAUGUGUUCUCCUCUAUUUUGCCUCAAACACCAGUGUUCAGCCUCAUUGUGUGGACAAUGUUUUCAUCGUUUAAAAAUAGACUUUUGUCAAAACACGUGGAUGUUGCUACUUUAUGUCAAUUAUAUUCAGUUUGUGAAAAUCAUGAUUUAGCUGCAUAGACCCAAAUCGUUUUACUUUAUGUUGGAAGAUCCAUGUUUUUAAUCAGUUAAAUAAUGCAGCUGUGUUCUUUAUACCUUCUUUUUAUUUUAAAUUCGUUCCUUUUGCUCAUUUUAUUAAUUUGUCAAUCCUCAAAAUUGUAUGAUUUGUGUGAGUGGAUUUAAUUUGAAUCUCAUUUAACCAUGUUAAUCAGUUUUUGUUUGUUUCUCCUGUUCUAUUUUAUUCAGUAUACCCAGAUCUAUUUCCAUAUAAUGCUAUUCUUAUUAGUGGUGAUUUUAUCAUGAAAAAUUAACUUCUAAAUAAUGCACUUAAAUACGAGAAUUAUUAUUGAAGUCCUGAUUUCUCUCAAGUUGAUGCAUUUUUUUAUAUUUGUUGUGGACUAAAAGGUGCAAUUGAACAUUAUAACUCUUGGCAGUUAACCCUUUACCACUAAGCUACGUAUUUUGACACAUUUGUAGUCCCAUAGAAAGUUACAUUUAAUUAAAAACCAUUCUUACUGGAUUCAAGUUUUAAAGGCUUCAUUUCCAACCCUUAGUUACUGAUGAGCAGCAAACAGCAUAAAACCUGAACAGACUGCGAGUUACUCACAGGCUGUUCUGGUUUUAUGCUGGUUGCAAAAGCCAUUUUCACUUGGCUUCAUUUGGGAAAAAUUAUGAAAUAUUGGAAGCUUAAUGGGGAAAAUGCUGGGCACCUACUGUUGUUUUCUUUUAUCGAGCAAUCACUUUCUUAUUGUGGUUUGAUUUAUAUGAUUAUAUAUAUAUAUGAUAAUAACGACAAUAGGAUUUUAAUUCCAAUCCUGGGUCUAAUUUAUUAUGAUACCAUAAUCAGGUCACUUUAUAUUGUCACUUGAUCAUAUAUUAUUGAGCUAUUGUUGUUUUGCAUAGAGAUUUUAUGCUAGUUAUUAUUAUACUGUAGGUUGUCACAAGUGACUAAGAAAUAAAAUACAAAAAAGAA